AAAGUAUCAUCAAGCUCCUUCAAGAAGAUAAGCAAUGUCGUCCGCAGAAGCUCUAUCCGCUGCCGCUGUAAGCCGCCAAACCCCAAGAAUCUUCUUGUCGAAUAUCAAUUAUUACACCACUGAGGAAGAUUUAGAGGAGUUAUUAUGUGAUUUCAAUGUGUAUGGUCAUACCCACGAAUUGGUUUAAUGAUAGAUUACUAACCCUCUCUAGAGUAAGUGUUCUCAUUCCAAGCUACACGGUACGUUUCUCUAGGGGAAAAUAUAAGCCUUUAGGGAUUGCCUAUGCUGAAUUGGGGUCUUUAGAAGAUGCUCAGAAAGCAAUUGAAAGUUUGAAUGGAUCUAUUUUCAAAGAUCGUUCUUUGAAAGUAAGACUUCAUGUUCCUUAUAAACCAAGAAUCAAGUUAAGCGUUGAAACAAAGGCCGAAGCUCAAGGGUCUCCAAUUAGCCUUGUUUCGCUUGAUGGAUCAGCGCAAGUUUCUGAACAUGACGCUAAUGAACUGAACGAAACCAGUCUUCCAAAGUCUCCUAGACCUGCUUUAUCAGAUGAUACUCUUUUCAUUUCAAAUGUUCAUCACAAAGUCACCGAAGAGUUAAUCCGCCAACACUUUGAUGAUAAACCAACUACAGUAUACCGUUAUACUCCCAAAAACAGAAAGAGAACUGGAUCGAUAUCUUUUAGGCAUUCACCAAUUUCUUACUUUGUUACUUUUGGGGCUUUGGAAGAUAAAUCUUUGGAUGAUAUCGUUGGUGAAUACAAAUCCAAGAAACUAAACGGUCGUUUUGUUCUUUUUCGUAAAGCAUUCGCUGAUAGAUUAGAAUUGAUUAAAAUUGCUAAUCAAGAACCUCAACCUGCGCAAAUUGAUGAAUCUGAAACUGAAAAUUCAAUUAUAAAUGAGCUGCAAGGUCAAGAUGAAACUUAA